AAUCCAAGCACUGAAUCCAUGUCAGAAGAGACGGGAAACGUAACCGUUCCACCGAUUGAAGAAAGUGAAAAAACAACUCACCUGGAGUCAACAACAUUAUCUCAAAAUGUAGCCACAGUAUCGACAGUAACUGAGCCAGCCUCAGCGGAAUCGACCGCAAGUAGAGUAAAGCGAGAAGUCUCUAGCCAAUUUUUCUCAACUCCGUCGACAACAGAGAGUAGUUAUGGAAGCGCCAGUUCCACAGGCUUUACCUCACCAUCAAUAUCUAGUUUCGACUACUCAACUAACAUGAGUACACUUUCGUCGGGUGAGUUCUCAACUUCUCAGAGCUCAACCGAUUCAACUGUUGCGGGAAAUUUAUCAGAAGUGACCGAUUCGACUCUUAUUGGAAGUUCGUAUUCUCUAUUUACUUCGGAUGUGAGUACAGAAGAAACCUCAACAGAAGGCGCAACAUCAACAACAACAACAACGCCUGAACCGGAAAUUAUCGUUCUACCGAAAGUCAGCGUGUUUCUUGGUGCACAGGCGUCUCAAAAUGGACUCACCAACACCUUUGCCGUAGCCGGUCUUACAUUGAGUGAAACAUACCUUCAGAAGAUGCUCCAACGUUUCGAAAAUUGCGGCGAUGAAAACACUUGCUAUUUUCUUGAUGACGCAGCUUUCGUAAUGGCUGUGAAUAGAGGAAAACUGAACUACCAGGUUGGGUAUUUCCUUGGCUACGUUGACUCGCCGUUAAUGGAAUCGCUUUUGGAUAACAAUGUCUAUUCCAGGGUGAAACACUACGACUAUCAAGCCAUCUGUGACUUUGCUCAUCUUGGGGAAAAGAACUGUACCUCUCCAGCAAUUCGCCUAAUUCCCAGCAUUGUUCGCAGUCUUGCACAGACAUUUAAUCCCCACUUCUGGCUAUCUCUUAUUAACCAAUUGGUUUCGGUAUUUACUCAAUUGACAAAUGUGCUCAUUGUCUUCUCUCAAAUGUUUAUAAAAGCUUUCGCAGUUGACCAAAAAAUCGAUUAUGUGAAUUGUGUGAAAUUGACCUACCGCUAUUAUCCAACUGACGGAGCCAACUUUGGCAAGAAACCCCUCAACAUCACUGAAAUCACUGGAACUUUUACUUGCUCACCUGAAUGUACUCGAAAGUGGUCAGCCAUAUCAGUGCCGGACACCAAUCUCAAAUUGAUAAGAACCGAUAAAAUUUGCGCGUGUAUAAAGAAGGAUUAUGACUGGCGCCUUACGCCCACAAUAGCCGAUGACAUCUCAAUUUGUCAGUCAGCUCCAAAUCCGAGGUAUCGACGUCCCGUACACGCUUGCGAUAUAUGA